CAAUAUCGUCUACCUUAAAGCCCUCAAAUUUCACUACUUUUACAAAGUAAUAUUUAAGAAUAUUACAUACUUUCAAUGUGCGAGUUUGAGUUUAGAAUUUAAUAUGAUUGUGUAAUUUCUCGUGAUUUCUCGUUGACAAAUUGACCUGAAGUGCAUGUCCGACUGGUUAAAAAGCUCAGUGCAACCGGCUUGUUUUUUUCCAGAGUAAUUUCCAAUUCCUUUCAUAAAUUACACUGUUUCCAAGAAUCGAUCGCACCUUAAAUCACCAAAGAUGACCACCCAACUACUUCAGCGAUGUCGGACGUCCUCUUUGUACCAGCGUCUUGGAUCUUCAGGGGGACUUCUUGGAGUUCGAGCCUUGAGCACCUCAGCUACCAGAGAUGCCAAAAGCAAGAAAACCCUGGCGAAGGACGGAAGGAAGAACAUCGUUCUCAUUGAAGGAGUCAGGACACCGUUCCUCAUGUCAGGCACAGACUACAAGGAUCUGUGGCCUCAUGACUUGGCGAGGGGAUCGCUGCAGGGCUUGUUGGACAAGACGAAUAUUCCAAGAGAUGCUGUUGACAACAUCAUCUACGGCACAGUCAUUCAGGAAGUAAAGACCAGCAACAUCGCCAGAGAGGCAGCCCUCGGAGCUGGGUUCUCGGACAGGAUCCCGUGUCACACGGUCACUAUGGCUUGUAUCUCAUCCAAUGUGGCCAUCACUGCAGGCAUUGGAAUGAUCAAUUCGGACCAGGGUGAUUCCUUCGUCGCUGGAGGGGUGGAGUUUAUGUCUGACGUCCCCAUCCGUCACAGCCGACCAAUGCGCAAGUUUAUGCUGGCCCAAAACAAGGCCAAGACAACUGGAGCCAAGCUGUCUCUUGCUGCCAAGCAUCUUAGCAUGAAAGCCUUCGCACCAGAGCUGCCCGCUGUAGCCGAGUUCUCUACCAGCGAGACCAUGGGUCAUUCCGGAGACAGAUUGGCAGCCGCCUUCAACAUAUCCAGGAAAGAACAGGAUGAUUUUAGCCUGCGCUCCCACACCAACGCGGACAAGGCCACCAAGGAAGGUUUCCUGGAGGACCGCCUGACCUACCAGGUCCCAGGCACGACCAAGGUCCUAGACAGAGACAACGGGAUCCGUGUGUCCACCCCGGACCAGAUGGCUAAGCUGAGGCCGGCGUUCAUCCGACCCCACGGCACUGUGACGGCCGCUAACGCAUCGUUCCUGACCGACGGUGCGUCAGCCUGCCUGGUCAUGACUGAAGACAAGGCCAAAGCCAUGGGCCUGAAACCCAAGGCUUACCUCAGGGACUUCGUCUUUGUGGCCCAGGAUCCCAAAGACCAGCUCCUGCUGGGGCCAGCGUAUGGGACCCCCAAGGUACUGGACAAGGCAGGCCUGGCCCUGAGCGACAUUGACGUGUUUGAGUACCACGAGGCCUUUGCUGGACAGAUCCUGGCCAACAUGAAGGCCUUGGACUCGGACUGGUUCGCCCAGAACUACAUGGGCCGCAAGGGCAAGGCUGGAGCACCGCCCAUGGAAAAGCUGAACACAUGGGGCGGAUCCCUGGCCAUCGGACAUCCGUUUGCUGCUACCGGGGUUCGCCUGGUGACCACAGCCGCUAACAGACUGCAUAAGGAGGGCGGCCAGUACGCGCUCGUUGCAGCAUGUGCAGCUGGGGGACAUGGCCAUGCCAUGAUCAUUGAGAAAUACCCCUCAUAAGUGCCCACACGAGAAGAGUCAUCAUUGAAGGGCGUACCACAAGAUUCAUAAAAAAAAUGUGGGGUACUUUUUUUUGGUGGGGGGGAAUAUUUUUUUUUAAACGUACAAGGGACGGGUUUAGCAAUGUCAUAUGCUAACAAAUUAAAGAUAUUUGGGUUUUUUUGCAUUAUAAGGGCUUGUAUACUAUAAUUUAAUAUGUAGUUUUGCAGCAUCAAUGCAAUGAAUUUCGGGGUACGUUCAUUUUGAAUUCAUGCUUAAGUUCUCUUUUAAUUUAUUAUCAGAUUUAUGUUUUAAGAUUUGGUCCCUUUUUUUCUUCUGUUCUUCACCGAGUGACUUGACUGAUGUUUAUAAAAAAAAAAAGCCUAUUGCCAUUGAAUUGGUGAGUGCAGAAUUAUUUCUGAAAUUGUGAUCAUGUUGACUUUUCUCCCCAAUGCUGUACAUAGAAUAUCUAAAGUAAUGUCUCGCAACGUAAGAUUGUUUCUCCAAGUAUGAGGGAUAGAUGGAGCCAAAACUAUGUGUGAAAUAAAACAACAAAUAAAAGGGUUGAUGUUUUAAAAUGGAGAGGGGGGGGGGAUAUUAGGUACAUGCAAUGCAUGUUUUCUACAAAGAGGGAGACUGUUAGCAUACAUGCUCAACAGAUAUGGUAACACUGACUGUUUACAAAGAUGUAAUAAAAGCUAUUCAACAAAUUAAA